GCGUUGUGGUGCUCAGUGUAGUUCUCAUUAGGUUGCAGUAGGUGAUCCACGGGAAAUCUGUGGUGAAUCGAUGGCAAGUUCCGGUGAGAUUGCUACGAUGCCAGAUGUUGAGAUGGCUGGGGAGAGCCAAACACUCGAUAUUACCAAGGCCUCUCUCCGACGACUCAGUUCGAAGGCCCCACCAUCCACAACAUACCUGGCACACGUGGAGUGGACUGAGGAGGAACGCAAAGAGCGUGGGAAAUUGCUAAGCAAAGUCUCGCGCACACUACCUGAUGCACCGAAAGCAGCCAGGUCCUCAUGGCUGAUUUUUUGCAAUGACUAUUGCGCGAAGAAGAAGGAUGGCGUCUACAUGGAGAUCUUGGGAGAAGCUGGCAAAGCUUGGGCUGCCCUGGAUGCAGCUGAAAGGGCGUCUUAUGACGAAUUGGCAUCUGCAGAGAAGGAAAAGAUUGAAGCCGAGUCUGAGGAGUUUAAACAGACUGAUGCCUACAAGAACCUGGCGCUGGAAGUUGACAAGUUUCUUCUGGUUAACCGGGCUCGACAGCACAUGGACAAGGAUGAGCUCAGCUGGAAGCAGUUUCAAGCACAGCGAAAGGUGGUGCUCCCCAAAGGAGAGGCUGCAAUGUCCAAGUCUGAAGCAAAAGCAGAAGCCAAUUGUAUCAACAGGAUCGCCUUGAAGCUUGCUGCUGCUGCCCGCAAAAAGUCUACUGGAGAUGCGUUGCCUGUUCCGCCAAAGUCAGCCUACGCACUCUAUUCCAGUGAAAUUAUGUCAAAAGAAAUGAAGGAGAGCACAGAGAAGAAAGGCGCAGGCUACCUCAAAGCUCUUUUGAAGCGUGUUGCUGAAGGCUGGGGAAGUCUAAAUGAGGAGCAGAAGUCCGGCUACAAAGCCACAGCCGCUGAAGACUCCGAGCGUCAUGCCACCGAGUUCAAGGCCUUCAAAGAGUCUGAGGCGUAUCAAGGCUUUGUGAAGAAAGCUGCGGAACUCUACAAAGAAAGCAAGGCAGAUCAAAAGCCGGGAGAAGCUCCAAAACCCAUCGCUCAGCUCAUCAAAGCGGCUGAAGCAAAGGCGCGAGAGAAGGCGAAGGCAGAGAAGAAGCGCUCCUCCAUGCAGAUGAAGUUGGUGUCCUGCGUCAAAGGUGGUGAAGGUGGCCGCCCCAAAGCUCCAGUGUCAGCCUUCAUGCUUUUCUGCAGCGCCAAGAGGGAGAAAGUGGCCGAGGAGGUCGCCCAGAGCACUGAGAGCGCGAAGAAAGGAGAAGAUGAGGAAGAUGAAGCGCCGGAAGAACCUGAAGAGCCGGAAGAUGAUGUGGACGAGGAUGAGGAUGAGGAUGAGGAUGACGAAGAUGGCGGCAAGAAGAGCAAGAAAGGCAAAAAGGGCAAGAAAGCCAAGAAAGGCGGCAGCAAAGGUGGUAUGGCGGCAAUGGCAGCCAUCGUGAAGAAGCUGGGAGCCAUGUGGGCCUCAGCUCAAGCCGAAGAGAAGGCGACCUUUGAAGCGGAAGCUGCGAAGCAGAAGGAAAACUAUGCUGCCGCGAUGAAGGCAUGGUAUGAGUCGGACUCCUACAAAAGCUUUGCUGCCGAAGUGGAUGAGUGGCAACAAACAGAAGAGGCGAAAACCACCAAGAAGCCGGGGAAGAGCUUUCGUGCUUGGCGCCGGAAGAAGCUUCAGGGCAAGCGCCUUGCCCAGAGGCAGGCCGAUCGUGAGCGUGCCAAGGCUGAAAAGAUGGCAGCCAAGCUGAAGGCAAAGGCUGAGAAGGGUGGAAAGCCUGGAAAAAAGGCCAAGGCUGGCGAACCUGAGGAGCCUGUUGUAUUGCCAGAGCUGCUGCAGAAAGAUCCUUUCUGGGACACUUGCUUGGACUCCCCGGAGGCCACCUUGACCUCGGCCGAUGUGAUGCUGGGUGAUCGGGUGGCGCUCGCCGCUGCAAAGCAGGGAGGUGCCAAAGGUCUCGAGGCUCUGAAGUGGCUUCAGAGGCAGCCCGAGAAGGCAUCCUCCUUCUUUAGAAAGUCCUCAGCAGAUUGUCAGGAAACCGCGCUCCACCAUGCCUUUCUUCACCAGGAUUUGGAGAUGAUACAGAUUCUCGCAAAAGAGGCCAACCGAAGGAACAACGGAGAUUAUGUCCGGGGCAGUAUCAAGGACGGGAUCAUGACCUUUGAGCUCAAGCCUGGUGCGCAGAUCUGGUUUUGGCCUCCCAAUGGGCAGAAGAUGAACUAUCGGACUGGUCCUUCGGAGCAAGAUGGCUUUGUGCAUGCCAAGGACAAGACCACUCCAGCAUUGUCUCCAGGAGAUUUAGUUCGUGUUCGAGAACUUCGUGGUUCCUGGAUUCGAACCGAUGAAGGUUGGGUGCCACUGAACAAUGGUGGAAGUCAGAACUUUGUGCACAGCGACCCAGCCCUGUGGGUGAACCGAGUGGCUCUGGCUCCACCUGAGCUACAGCCGGUGUCCACGGGCUUCGCACGGGGCCGGGCCUUCCGGGCGAAGAAGCUGCGGAAGGUGAAGCUGAGCCGAGGUGGAGCGGAAGGCAACCAAGCCUUUGUGAAAGACAUGGAGGAUGAAGACAACUAUAACCAACCCAGGAUGAGGCUUGAUCAGGCCAUGCAGUGGGCAAUCCGGCGAGGAAUGGACUUCAAGACGUUAGCUGCUUGCUGUGAGAUCUUCUCGCAGAAUCAACCCAGUGAUUUCCUGGGAGCUGCGGUGCAAUGUGGUCGUUGGCAGCUGGCUGGAGACCUUAUCAGCCACAUGGGAGUGGGCGAUUUGUAUGGUCUGAACCAACAGCAUCGGGUGGCUUUGCUCCAGGCGCCCAGCGAAGCCGAGCUGGCUGACUGUGUGAAGCGAAAGGCUUCGAUCACCAAGAAGGCUGUGGAUAACUUUGAGAUCAUGCCGAUUCAUUGUGCUUGUAUCAAUCCAGCCUGUGGCAAGACUAUCCUGGAGAUGAUGUUGGCACCACUGGGACCUGCUGCUGAGGAUCUGUGCAAAGACUCCGAGCAACGGACCCUGGUCCACUAUGCAGCAGUGUGUGAGUCGGAGCAGCCCUUGGAAGUGCUUCUAACCACGGGAUUCUCCCCACAUCGAGCGAGCAAUCAGGGCAUCACUCCAUUGAUGUGUGCAUGUUUGGCCAAUCGCCCCAAGAACGUGGCUCGGCUCCUCUCAGCCAAGGCAGAUCCAUUGGCGCGUGCCAAUGAACGCACCAGCUUCCACUGGUCGGUGCAGAACGGCUGUUUCGAGGCUCUUGACGCACUAGUGAAGCAUAUGGCGACCCUAGCUGCGGAGAUGCCCCCGCCGGUCAAAGGGAAGAAGGGUGGAAAGAAGCCGAAACCCAGCUGGCAGCUGGCCACGUCAUCUUCUCAGCGGAAUGCUUUGCAUGAUGCCUGUGCGGUUGGGCGCUUAGACAUGGCGAUGAUGCUGUUGGAGGAUGCUCCCGGAGCGCUGCACAAGUGCGACAAGCAGGGCCGCUCACCGCUGACCUUCGCCGUGAUGAACGGGCACACCUUGCUGGCCUCGCACCUGAUUCAUCGCAGAGCCCUUGUGGAACAGAACGACAGCUCAGGGAAUAGUCCUCUUCACUAUGCCUUGGCCUAUGGCUGGGGAGAGAUGGCGAAGCUCCUGGUGGAUUGCGGUCACGAUCCAGAUAUGCAAAACAAGUGGCGCAACUCUCCAGUUGAUGUGUCUCUUCUCAAGGGGCAUGCUGGCUUGGCAUCUUGGUAUGUGUCAGAAUGCCCCAUCCAACCAAACAACUUGGAUGAGAAAGGCCGGACUUUGCUGUCACGAGCGUGUGCCAACCUCGAGAAUCAGAUCUGGCGGAACCUGUUAAAGGCAUUGGUAGAGAAGCGAGGAGCUGAUGUGAACCUCCCGGAUGGACAAGGAGAUUUGCCCAUUUGCCUUGCUGCCCUUGCCUGUUCCAGGGAGGCAAAGAAUGAGGAACUCAACGCUUCUUUGAAAAUUCUGUGCGCCGCGAAAGCAGAUGUGGGUCGUCGUGCGGAGAAGGGACAGUUCCAGGGUCAGUCAGCUAUAUCGAUCGCUUUGAAAGGUAGCAACAGCACCUUGUUGCGAAUGAUGCUGGAAAGUGGGGCCGGCGUAGCUUCCCACGGGCGUGGCGAGACGCUCCUGCACGCUAUGCCUGAGCGGCUGAUUCGAACAGGUUUUUGGAAGAAGGAGGAAGAAGUUACUGCGGAGAACAUCUUCAAGACAAUUAGCAGCUGCGUAGCCAAAGAGUCUCUGAAAAUGAUGGCGCAAACGAUGGAGUUUCAUGGAUUGGCUCCUUUGCACUCUGCCGUCCUCCAUUUCAACCAAGCAAUUACCACACUGCGAAAUGCGCGUCAAAGCAAAGAAGGUGAGAUGAAGCAGCUACAGAAGCAACGUGAUGCAGCCCAACAGAAGCAGCAAAGCACUGUGGUGUCCCAGAUCCGCCACACCAUGGAAGCCAAACAGCCCGAUUUGCAGCAAGCGAUCCACACUGAGACAGCUGCAAGGGAGGACUUCCAAAAGUGUGUGCGAUGGCUUUUCGAGAAUUGCGACGCCGAUUUGCAGCUCCCGGUUGGACCUUUAGAGAAGCCUUGGAAGGAUCCCACCAAGCCCAAUCAGCCUUCCGAGCCUCCGGCGCUCAACAGCAAGUUGGUUCCAGUAGCACCGGCGCCAAAAAAGGAGGACGUUUUGGAACGCAGUGUUCCAGCCUUUGAGAAUACCACGUACUUCAAGUAUCAGCCAGCCUUGGGCAUGACAACUCCACUGAUGUUCCUGGUGAAGAGUGGCGAUUCCCAGUCCAUCACCUGGUUCAUGGACGAGCUUGCCAAGCGAGGCCUAUUGGAGCAGGCUCUUGGAUCUUCCACUUUGUUUGGAAGUAGCCCCUUGAGCAUCGCCAUCCAGAUGGACAUCCACCUAGACGAAGCGCUCUUGACGCGUCUCGCGUCGCCUAAGGCGGCUGCGGUGCGUCGCUACGAUGGCAAGACUUGUUUGCACUUGGCAGCUUCGAGCUGGGGAAUGACUGGUUGGAAGGUGAAAGCAAUUAGGCGAGAGAACUUCAAAGAUGACCGUGCUGUAGCCUUCGAAGUGACAUUGAAGGCAGCCAAGGCAGCGGGGUGCCUCGACGCUGUGGAUGCCAAGGGUUGGACUGCGCUGUGCUGCGCGCUGGCAACUUCAGGUCCAAACGUGACGAAGAUGCUGGAACCGCUCCCAAAUGGAUUUUUGGGCGGAGACUUUGCAGAGAAGGAUGCUCAUAUCGCUUGUGCAGAAGCUGAGAUGUUCAAAGCCUUUGCACAGAUCGAAGAGGAUCUGAAGAAGAAGGGAGUCACCCCGGCAUUGGGGGUCUCCGGCGCCUCUGCAGAACGCAAAGUCCUUGUAGUCGAGGGCAUGGGAAAGCAUGUCAAGUGGGGUUUCGACGAGCUGGGCGCCUAUGUGAAUGGCCUCAAGCAUCCAGAUGCCGAGGCAGCUGGUAUCAAGCACGGGAUGCGCCUCGCAAAGGUUGGAGAUCAGUCAAUGGCAGGGAUGCAGAAAGCGCAAAUCAUGGAUGCCUGGAAGAAUUUGCAGGGCUCCACGGCAGUCUUGACCUUUGAGGAGGCUGGAACGGCGACAGCCUCCCCGGCCCCUGAACCAGCUGCCACGCCCGCCCCUGCAGCCGGAGCAUUUGGUUUUGGGGGAGGUGGCUUGGGCGCUCCUGCUCCAGGCGCCUUUGGCGCUCCUGCUCCAGGCGGCUUUGGCGCUCCUGCUCCAGGCGCCUUUGGCGCUCCUGCUCCAGGUGGCUUUGGCGCUCCUGCUUUUGCGCCCGCCUUUCGAGCUCCAGCAGGUGGAGGCUUCGGAGGUGCAUUCGGGGCAAAGCAGCCAGGGCCUGGCUUUGGAGCCCCUGGCUUUGGCUUAGCCUUUGGAGCUCAACCGGCUGGCCUUAUGGCUGUGAAGAAGGCAGGUGUGAAGGCAGCUGGUGGUUUUGGAGCUGGAGGUGGUUUUGGUGGAUUUGGCGCACCCGCAUCAUUCGGCACACCUGCUGAAAGCCAGCAGCAGGUUCCAGAGGUCGUUCAAGAGAUUAAAGCUCCCGCGAUGGUAAAUUCAGCAGAUGCAUGCUACUACAGUCCUGAUGCCGCUGGCAUGUACAGCAGCUUUUUAUGUCACCUUACUCAAGGUAGAUGGUACUUUGAGUUGCAGCAUGUGCACAUCCAGGAUGGAAAAAUCGGAGUAGCUCUUUGCAAGGACCCCAUGCGCGCGCCUGAAGUGACUUGGAUCUCAGAUACUAGACCAUGGAAAGAGGAUUGUUCUAUUGGUGUGGCUUUGGAUUGCGAUGCAGGUACAGCAAGAUUGGUCAUGAAUCAUGUGUGGGGUAAGGAGACCACCAUUCCGCGCACAGAUGCCGCUAGUACCCUGAUUCCGGUUCUCUGCGGACAAGGAGCAUGCGCCUUGAGCUUCUCAAAAUCACAAACAGCUCCAGAGUCCAAGAGCCUUCCUUUCCAGUCAAUGCGUGAGGCAGUCUGCAAAGCUGUGGGAACUAGUCGCUUGGUCCAUGCCUUGCUGGAGGCUGGGGCAAAGCCGAUGGUGCAUGGGAAAGAUCGCCCACACACUGUGCACUUGGCCACAAAAGCAGAGGAUGCGCAAUCACUUCGACUGCUGAGUAGGAGCAAGGCAGACCUCAAUGUCACAGACCCUGUCUCUGGUCGGUCUGCGCUUCAUAUCUCCACGUCCAAAGGUUGCCUGGGCGUGGUCAUUGCAUUGCUCUCUUCGCGGAGCGAUGUGAACUUCCCCGACCCUGUGGAGGGACAUGGCCACCUCGGUGCUGCCUUGUACGGGCAACAAAGGGCUCACCCACGCCUGGCCUUGCAUACAGCUGUGGAGAAUGGCUCUGAUGCAAUGGUGGGACAGCUGGUUCAAGCCAGAGCAGAUGUGGGAGUACCCAUUGAGACGCGUCAGGUGGUGACCAACAAGAUGUGGCUUCCAGUGCCACCUGAACCAGCGGCCGAGCCAAAUGGCGCCAAGCCUGCUGAUCCAUUCAGGAAGAAUGGUACACGUGUUGGAAUUGAAGCAUCCUUGGCUCUCGAGCUUCUGCGCAGUCUCAAGAUCAAAGAAGAAGAUCUCGAAGCUGCUCUGUUACAUGUCACGAAGCGGGCAAAACAGGUGGCAGGUGUAGAUGCUGACUCUGACGCGUGCGAGGCCGGCAUUCUUUGCAUGUUUUGUGGUACGGUGGAGUCCCUGCCCAACGAAGCGGACAAAAGCCUCUUCGCUAUUGGUGGUGGUGACUUUGCGCCUUUGUUGCAGAAGCCUGAGAAGAAGCUGCAGCUCCUCGUAUCUCGAGAUAAGCUGAUGUAUUACCAAGCGGUUGAGACCAUCAAGAUCACCUACGCGCAACCAUUACAAAAGGCGGCAGCGAGGAACGCAACUGCAAUGGUGAAGGUCUUGCUGAAUGCUUCGGCUGAUACUGCGGUGGCUGACACAAAAGAUGGACGUCAGGCAAUGCAUCACGCAGUGGAGCACCUGAAUGAGUUCAUGGUCCACUUGCUUCUCGAGAAGAGGCCACCUUUGGAUACACCUGACAGCACUGCCAACAAGGCCACUCCGCUCUUCUAUGCUGUUCACGCUGCAACCAGCAAUAAACCUCACGGCAGUCCAAUUAUGGAUGACCUUCUCCAAGCCAAGGCUAACAUCGACAAGGCCUGCUGCGUCGGAGGGCACAUGGCCUUGCACGUGGCCGCAGGGUGUCGACACCUGCAAGUCCUUCAGCAGCUCCUGGAUCAACGUGCCUCACCAUGCUCCGUGGACCCAUCCAAGCGCACUCCGCUCCACUGGGCGGUGAACUCCGCCUCCGCCAGCGAGCCUUCUUUCAACGCAGAGCGGUUGCUGCUGAACGCCCGAGCUGAUGUCAAUGCAUUGGACAUCCAGCACCGAACGCCCCUGCACUAUGCCUUCGUGAAGAAGGAGAGGCAGCUGGACAGCUCAGCAGCAGACCCUGUAGAGACCGUGACGAGUAUGUGCGCCAUCGAAGGCGUUCAGGUGGACGUGGCAGACGAGUUUGGUGCCACUCCACUGCUUUGUGCAGCGCGCCGCGGGGCGACCAUCUCAUCGCUCUACUUGGCGAAGCGCGGAGCAUCCUUGCAGAGCAGGGACCAUGUGGGGAACGAUGCUUUGGGGAUUGCCUUGGCCAGUGGCCACGACCAAUAUGGGAUCACCUUGCUAUCCCAGGGUGCGGGAGAUGUGGAACGGCCCAUGCGUCACUUGCGACGUGUCUCAGCCUCUGAUGAGACCUCCCAGAAGCGACAGAAGAUUGAACCUGGUCCACCACUGUCCCUCUUUCGAGAGUCCACCUCUCGGCAGUGGCUUGGGCUUUCCUACCUUCUGCUGGACCAUGGCUAUCCAUUUCAUGGCGCCAUUCAAGAUGCAUUGGAGCUCGGCGAGUUUCGCUUGGUCUUGACUCUUCUUUCAAAGAUCAAUCCCUCGGAAAAUCACGUUCUGCAGCGUUUGGAUCCCAUGCAGAGGAACUUACUCCACGCCUUGGCGGGUUUUGGAAAGACCUUGGCGCCGGAGGCCACGGCUAUUGCGGAUGAGCUUCUCAAGCGCGGCCUUGCGCCCCUAGCACUUGAUGUGGAUCAGCGACUUCCUUUGCACGAUGCUGCCAUGAAUGCUCACAGGGACUUGUGCCGCUGGCUGAUUCGACAGGAUCAAGCGCAGUGUGCUCGGAAGGAUGUUGAGGGUCAAGUGCCGGUGCACACGAUUUGCACUCGACAGUGGCUUCAGAGUCAUUCGGAGGCAGACCAUUUGGCCUUCCUCGACAUGGUCUUGCCGCUCCAUACUGCAGCAGCACAGAUGCCCUUCAAGUAUGCGCAUGGGGCCCAGCUGGAAAUUGAGAGCUGCAAGAUAUCUGGCCGCGAUGUGAAAGAGCUCGGACCGAAUCCCGAGGUGAAUGUGCCCUUGGUGAACGUUGCAGCCAAAGCCUUCCAAAAGUCCGUGGCAAGGCUGUUGGAGGCCGGAAGUGAUCCCAACAUGAAGGACGGUCGCAAUGCAACAAGCCUUUGUGGUGCUUUGCAAAGUUCGACGGGCUCAAAAUUGGAAGUUGUAAGGCUUUUGUUGUUUCAUUCAGCAGAUGCGAACGAGCGGGAUGGCAAGGGCAACACACCAUUGCACUACGCAGUUCUUUCUGACCAGUGGCCAGUGGAAUUGAUCAUGGAACUAGCCCGUGCGAGCGCAAGCUUCACGGAAGCUCCUUCAAGAGACGGUGGGUCUUUGGUCUUGGAUGCGCUAUCAAGGCCACAGGAUGUGCUUGUGAAGGUCCUGAAAUUGGGGGCAUCUCCAAACCAGGGUCUGGACGCCAAGGGCCGGGCACCAAUCCUGGUCGCGGUGGACAAGCGCAUGACCUUUGCAAUUUCUGCUUUGCUCUCUGCAGCGGCCAACCCGACAGCGGUGGAUUCCUCAGGUCGUUCAGCCUUGAGCGCAGCCAUCCAGAUGUCAUCAUGGAAUACAGCUGAAGCUCUGCUCAAAGCAGGUGCCAGCCCAGAAAAGGGUUGCGAUAUGGAGGGGCACAAGCCACUCUUGGCAGCGACGAUCUCGGGCAAUGCUGCUUUAGUCAGACAUUUACUGCAGGCCAAGGCAGAUACCUCCAAAGCGGGAGAAGACAAACUUGGACGAUCAGCAUUGAGCAUUGCAGUGCUGGCCAAUCGCAAAGAUGUGGUGGAUGAACUCUUGAACGCAAAAGCAGACCCCGGCCAGAAGGACAAGAAGAUGCGGAAUUCACUUCACCACUGCAUCCAGCCGAAGCCACAUCUCUCCCAUGAAUGUACUCGGCAUUUGGCUGCUAUGCUGCGCACUCCAAAGGGCCUGGAAGCUGCUCAGACGCCUGACAACCAAGGCCUCACACCAGUGUCCUUGGCUGUGAAGCAAGGCUCUGGUCGCAUGGCUGCUGUUUUGGCCGCAGCUGGGCUCCAGGUGCAUAUGGACAUUUCUGAGCUCAAGGCUCCCAGCAAUGCCAAGCCGGACCUGGAUGCCGAUGCGCGUAAGGAGUUGGAACGGGUGGAGGCGACCGUGAAGCGCACCCCCAUUCCCGUGCACAAGGCCUAUGGAAUGACCGGAGAGAACAAGGUCUUUGCAGAGAAGGAAGGUGAAGAGUAUGAUGCCUUGCUCUUCAAGGUCGAUCUAAAGCGUGAUGAGAUGCGCUUCUACCAUCUCCAGCUGGUCUAUGAAACGAACAAAGACCUCUACGUCCUCUUCACCCGUUGGGGGGAGAUUGGCGAGACUGGCAUGUUCCAAAGGACUCCAGCUGCCAACAAGGAAGAGGGGAUGAAAGAUUUCUGCAAAGUGUUCAAGGAAAAGACUGGAAAUGUGUGGGAUGCCACUGGCGCAGUCUUCGAGAAGAAGCCCAACAAGUAUCAACUUCUCAAGCGCCGCCGUGCCACAGCGCGCAGCGAAGAGAUCGUACAGCCUUUCAGUUUAGGAGUGAACGCCAAGAGUGCACUGCCCCGCAUGCUAUGGCGGACUAUCGACAGCAUUUGUGAUCCCAGCAACAUCUUGCAAGCCGUGAAAUCCAUGGGCAUCAAGACUCAGUCCAUGCCCUUCGGAAGUUUAUCGAGGGCAACGCUGGAUGAAGCCAAGACUCUUUUGGGUAACAUCAAAGCGGCCAUUGAAGAACUGAAGGCCUUGAAGUCUGCAAGGAGCAUGAAGACAGGUUUUGCCAAGGCAGAAGAAGUUUUGGAGGCCUCCAAACAGCGCAAUGAAAUCCGUGAAAAGAUCUUGGAGCUCUCCUCCCGCUACUAUGAGUUGGUGCCGCGCGGUGCUGGCACUACAGAGGUAGCUCGACCCAUUGAGAACGACCAAGCUCUUGCCAAGGAGUUCGAAGCGCUGUUGAAUCUCACCGAAGCCAGUGCAGGUUUGCGAACUCUCUUGGCAGCGCAGCACCAACGAAAGAAAGAGAAUCCGUUGGACUACUGCAAGCGGAGUAUGGGAGUGGCCUUUGAGCAGGUGAACCAAGAGACGGAUGAGUUCAAGGCCCUAAUGGAUUACAUGCGAGACACAUCCAGUGGGUCACCACCAAGGGUGGUGAAGCCUGGAGAAAUCCCAGAACCAGGCCAGAAGCGCAAGAAUGGCUUCUGUGGCUCCCGCUCGGGGAACGACACAGUGACAGCUAUUUAUCGCAUUUCCCGAGAAGGAGAAGCUGAACGUUUUAAGGAUUUGGGGAAUCGACGGCUGUUGUGGCAUGGCUCUCGAUCUUCCAACUUCAUCAGUAUUCUCUCGCAGGGUUUGCGCGUGGCUCCCCCCGAAGCACCGGUGCAAGGCUACAUGUUUGGGAAGGGCAUCUACUUUGCGGAUGUCUUCAGCAAAUCCCGUGCCUACUGUGCGGAUGGAGGCUCCCAGGCCUCUUACAUGCUCCUUUGCGAUGUAUCAUUGGGAAACAUGUAUCCAAGACAUGGAGGUGAGUACAUGGAGGAGCCACGAGCAGGAACCAACUCCACAUGGGGUGUGGGCAGCAACCACCCGGAUUGGGAGAACGCUUUGUACGAACCAGGCGGCGCACAAGUGCCAGGCCCUAUGAAGUCCCACUCCGGAGGUGGACUUGGCCACAGUGAGUUCAUUGUUUAUGAUCCAGCUCAAGUCCGCAUGCGUUACUUAGUGGAGUUCAACAACUUUGAGAGCCCCACUGAAAAGUAUGAACGAGAGAAGGCUGAAGCUGAAGCACGUGGAGAGUCCCAUCCAGCCAAGAAGCUCCGAGCAGAGGAGCCUGAAGAGCCGGAGGAGGAUGAGGAUGAAGACGUCGGCAGUGAUGAAGAUUCUGAUGUUUCUUAGAAGCUUUUUGAUUCCAAUUAUAGCACUGUAAGAUCGCCAGGCUGGACUUGUACAGAUUGGUGUCACUGGCGUUAUGCUUUUAGCGAACGUAUUGAUGCUUGACAUCUCAAAUUCGAUUCGAUUCAAUCCAAGAUAUCGUACAAAAUGGAA